AUGAGUGUCCAAGAGGCCGUGAAGAUGACUGGCAUGGAGCCCAGAAGAGACCUAGCCGAGUUACGGCUAGAGGUCAAGUCAGAUUACCGCCCUUAUGAAAUAGUCAAACAGCCUCGCCACAUACCAGAAGAAUAUAAACCCAAGCAGGGCAAGAUUGAUUUUGGUACUACCUACAAACAAGAUUUUAAUUCCUACAAAGUGCAACCUGUGACAAUAGUCCGGCCUUUGGAAAGACAGCAAAUUAAAAAAGGAAAGUUGGACACUGUCCCAACCUAUCAAGAUGAUUAUAGACAUUGGACCAUUCAGAAAAUUGAACUUUGUAAACCGGAACAAUCUUACUAUCCCCCAACUGUGAAAUUUGGAAAUUCAACUACAUUUCAGGAUGCCUAUGUUCCUCAGGAGAUAAAUCCUGUGCAAAGUUGUAAACCUUCCCCUGUGAUCAAACGUACCACGGCCCCUUUUAAUGGUGAUACAAGUCAUCGCAUUGAUUAUGUCCCUCUGCAGCUAGAAGUCAAGUCUGCAAAGCCAAAAGACGCUUACAAGCCCCCUGACCAACCUUUUGAGGGUCUCACAACUCACCAGAAUGACUUUCAGGGCCUUUUUGGUGAAAUGGCAAAAAUCUGCAGACCUGGCUCCAUCAGAGCCACCCAAGAUGCUCGAUUUGAAGGAAGCACUGAAUUCCGUGACAGCUUCCAGCCGUGGGAACUCCCACCAACUGAAGUCAGGAAGGUGGCAGAGUAUGUACCACCUGCGGGGAGCGUGCAGUUGAAUACCACCAACCGCCUGGACCACGCCCCUUGUCAGGCCAGCCCAGCUGCUCCCAUCAGGCCUGCUUCUCACAGAAGAAAACACAGUGUUCCUUUCCAAGGAACAAGCACCACGAAGGAGGACUUUCCAGCCUGGGAAAGUUGCCGUCGAGGACUGAUCAGGCAGCAGCAUCAGAUUCCCAGCCCGUCUGGAAAAUUCGAGGGCUUGAGCACUUUCAGAUCUCACUACGUGCCACACGAGUUGAUUCCCACAGAGAGCUGCAAGCCUUUAAAUGCCGCUCCCAAGAGUUCUGCUCCAUUUGGUGGUGUCACCAUGUACUCUGUGGAGUACACACCGAAGAAGCAGGAGAUCUGCCCAACCAGCUAUGCCUCUCCUCCAGGUUAUGUAUUUGAAAAUUCAAAUUCCCAAGGUCAUAAAUUCUUCCGAAAGAUUGCUCCCACAGUGAAAGUCUCCUAA